UUCACACAGACUAUAACGGAGUACUUCAUGGAUAUCUAACAAAGACCCCAAGUACGCCAUACUCCUUGUGAUUAGCCGAGUGGAUCUUCGCCAGGCGUGAUGGCCAAUAAGAUGUCCAGCGGGCAGAGGGGACCCGUGGAUGAAAUUGCACACGUUAAGGGAUCAUCGGCAUCUGUGUCCUCCUUUCCCAAAAUGCCGGUGUUAGCUGCUCCGGAUCGCCAGCGAUCCUACAGGCCUAGGGCCAAGAGAGGCUGCUUGACGUGCAAAAAGCGACGCAUCAAAUGUGACGAAGCCAGGCCCCAUUGUUUGAAAUGCUCAUCAACGGGUCGCAAGUGCGAUGGGUAUGAGGCGCCAAGUCCUCCGCCUCCCCAGCGGAACACUUGUCUCCGGCUGCCAUAUAUCUACCCUCAGACCCUGCAGUACCCGGGCAACACACGGGAAACAAGAUCGUUCCAGUUCUUCUAUGAACGCACCGUGUCUUCUUUAGCGGGACUUUGUGGGUCCGAAUUCUGGUCCGGACUUGUGUUGCGGGUCAGCCAGCAUGAGACCGCCGUUUACCAUGCCUUGAUUGCAUUAGGCUCCUUGCACGAGAACUUUGAGAACGGCCACUGGCUGACCCAACGAGGGGUUGAUACCUUCGCUGUGCAGCAAUAUGUGUCGGCUAUCAGGGCGCUCUUGGGAUCCUCGAACUCAUUGCCCCGCGUGAGCCCGGGCCAGCUAGCGGGCUCCCCGCGGAGCCUAACGGUGGACGUGUGUUUGAUCUCGUGCAUUCUGUUUAUUUUCAUUGAAAUAAUGUCUGGCCACUACGUGUCGGCUGUCGGCCAUGUCCGAAACGGGAUCAAAAUUCUCAAGGACGUCUACGAGGACCCUCAUUCAGGAACUUAUCACCACCCAUACUUAAAGCCAUCGACAGUCACUAGCUUGGAAAUGGACUACUUGCGGAAGACCCUCAACCGCCUCCAGGAUCAGGCUCUGACCUUGACGCGAACUGCCACGGACAAAGCUCUGAGGGAUGAUUCACACAUAGCGGCAGGCCGUCAUGCGGAAGUCCCCGAGUGCUUCCUUUCCAUCUCAGAUGCCCAUGAGUGCUUUGAAUAUCAUGUGGGCCGAUUAUAUCGGGAGUACUCCGUAAUAGAGCCCAGCAAAGCAGACACGGGUUUGGAACAGUACACCAAUUUAAUGCAGCAAGCCCAAGCCCUCAUGGACAAGUGGUCACUUGCCCUACAUCGUUUCGAGGAAUCUCGGGGUUCUCAGCUCACCUACAGGGACUCCAUCGGGUUGAAGAUCCUACGAAUCUAUCAGUGCUGGCGACUCGUAUUGUUAGAUCGGGGUAGGAACAGAGUUACGGAUCUUCAGUCGUGGGAUAAGUACAACUCCACGUUUCAACUAAUUGUCUCGCUGGCAGCGGCAGUGAUCAACACGGCCGACACUGACACGCCCCUAUCCUUGACCUCUCCGGCGCCGUCCGACACUCUCAGCCAAGGUCAUAAGAGGCCUUCCUUUUCUCUGGAUAUGGGCAUUAUAUGCCCCCUAUACGACGUGGCUACACUAUGUCGUGACCCUUCUAUCCGCCGGCAGGCCGUCGAGGUGCUUCGGUCCGCCUCUCGCCAGGAAGGUCUGCUAAAUAGUCACUUGUGCGCUAUUAUCGCAGAACAAGUGAUCGAUCUGGAAGAGAAGGCCGCUUUACAGGGCGGAAUAGAUGAUCAAAAGAGUCUAUUGUCUGUCACGUUGCAUCCGAUGGGUCCGAAACCAAAUAGUCCAUCCGAGGUUUCCAGCCACCACCACAUCACGAGAUCGUCUGAGGUGCCUCAUGCGGCGCGUUUCGUCUAUGCCUAUCCCAAUUUUGACCCUCUCCAUAAACAAGCCUUUCUGGUUUUGGCGGUGGAUGAGGAUGGGGAGAGAAAUACCAAGAUCCCCUUACCAUCAGUUACUGCUAUGCUGGAUAUGGAUUAGAGAUCUGCUAUGAAUGUUCACUUAUAUUGAUCGGCUGUUAAACUUUCUUGUUAUGGUGUUCUGGAUACUCACGACGGUACUUAUGAAUUGGGCAAAGACGAUAUACGGAGAUACACGACUGCACGUUUUGAAAUCGCGAGGGAAGGUCAUCUACUUUCAUGUUGCUUCCAUAGAGGUGCUAUUGUCAUAG